AUGGAUCUUUGAAGCAAAAUGUCACAACAAUCCAACUUUUCUCUGGAUUCAGAUGGUUUCGUGUUUGUAACUUCCUCAAAAAAGCAACGCAAAACCAAACAUUUCGUGAAACGAUUUGUAAAACCAAACACCGGAGAGUCAGAACUUGUCGAAAGAGGUUCCGUAGACAUUGAACAAUUUCUCAGGUGCUUCGAAGAGACGCAAUUCGACUUAAAAUCUUCAAAUUACUUCAAACAAACAAUCGACAAGGUACUUCCUGUACUCAGUGGGGCAAAAGUGGAAAGGAUAAUCUGUCUCGGACUCGGAAAAUUUCUGGAGUGUCCAAUUUCGCGUCAUCAACUGGCGUUCAUUCAUUGCCUUCAGAAAGAGCUUCAUUUUGACCGGCAGAUUCAAUAUUUUGAUCCAGUCUUUGGUAGACUAGAAGUUGAAAUUCUAGAACAUCUGAACGGAGUGGUUUUGAGAGAAAAUUGCGAAGGAAAAUAUACGGUAGACGUUACGACUUUGUUCUAUUUACCGCACUGUCCAAAGCAGAUCAGUAACAACUUGCUUUGGAGGAACUGGAGUUCACAAUUACUGGAGAAGGUGUUUUUGAUAGGAAAUAGCUUUGCAGGUAUAAUUAGGAACAGUCCCAGGAGAUUGCUUGAGAAAAACGCUCAUUUCAUAUUGGAAGUUGAAGAUAGCUGCCGGGAAAUCGAGUUUAAGAAUAACUUUAAGCACACUGACAUAUUCAACGACACUUCUCUGCACUACUUUGACGCUUCAAGUCUUUGUAGUAAACCGGAAGAGUUUUGGAUUUCCGAGGAACCGCACUACACCGAAGAAGAUCUUGAGCUGAUUACAAGAAACAUUCAGUUGGGUUUGACGAUAACAGCAGCAGCAGACAAUGGCAACAGUUAG